AUGUCGAUAUCACCGAUCAUCACCUUCAAGGGUGGCAUCUGCGAUCUGGAUACGACGGUUACGCCCAACGCUGUAAAACCACAGCCAACGCCCGGCUACAUCUAUCUCUACUCCGAAGAUGACCUCGUCCACUUCUGCUGGCGGCCACGGUCUGCUCCCAUAGACGAGCCGGAGCUGGACCUUGUCAUGGUGCCCUCUGACGGGACCUUCACGCCAUACAAACCCACCAGCGCCCAGACACCAUCUAACGCCGAACGACCCACGAACGGCAGGAUAUACGUGCUAAAGUUUGCCUCCAGCUCACAGAGGCACCUCUUCUGGCUCCAGUCUCGAAGUCAGCACGAGCAGGGCAACCCCGCGUGGUUCAGCGCGCGAGACUUGAAGCUGGGACAGAUCGUGAACACGCUGUUGCAGGGCGAAGAUAUCGAUGUGCAAGACGCCAUUGACAGCCUUCCCAGGGAUGAAGGUGGCAAUGACGGCGGUGACGAUGAUGAGACGAUGGAAGAUGUAGAGGGAACAGACCAUAACCCCGAGAGACAACGACAUGGCGGGAGUGGAGGGGCGGGGCCCGGUGCUACCGGUGGUGAUAUACGAGAAGAAGGCCAGGAGUCGAGAGAGGGAGGAGCAGACGGCGGAAGAGCUGCUGCGGGUUCGGAUCCAUCCUCAGUCAUACAAAACCUCCUUCACUCCCUCCAGGACAGCACCCCGCAAGAAACGUCAGAAUCACCAUACACCACUCUCGCAGAUCUACUAUCGACCCCAUCUACUAUACCUUUCCUUGAAUCGGCCGAUGAGAGCACCCUCGACCGUCUACUUACCUCCCUCCCUGAGUCUCUACAGCUACUAUCACAACAAAACGGUGGAGCACCGGUUGAACAUAUCGGCGUGGACCAGAAGCGGGAGGCUCUUCGACGGGUUCUUCGCUCUCCACAGUUCGCACAGAGCCUGGGUAGUCUGACGAUGGCUAUCAGAGACGGAGGACUCCCCAGCAUCAGCGAUGCCCUGAAGGUCCCUGUUCAGAAUGGAGGCUUUAUGCGCCGUGGUGGUGUCCCGUUAGGAGGAGGAGAAGCUGUCAAGGCAUUUGUCGAGGGUGUAAAACAGCAGGUAGAGGAUAGCCAAAAGGCCGACAACAUGGAGACGGAUUAA